CUGUAAUCUGUACUUCGCGUACCUGAGAGGCUGCUACGCACUUGCAGCUUAAGCCCUUGUAAUUGAAUCUGACCUUGCUUUCAAGGUUGCGACGGUACCUCAAACAAAAACAGCAUCUGGAUACCAUAUUUCAACCGAUUUGAAAUUCUCUACAAACCAUUUUCCCUCAACCACUCCUGCCAUUAAAGCUAACUCCACCACCAUCUCGUCAACAUGGCAGACAGAUUCCCGUCCUUAGACGACUUCGAUUCCGGUGCCCAAACCGAGAUCCAAGAUGUUGGCGAGCCGUCAGCCGAUGAUUUCCUUGCUCGCGAGCGCGCCCUUCUAGGCGACGACGCAACACAAUUCACAACUGGCAACGAAUCUGCUGCUUUAGCAGAUCCCUCGUCUGAUGAUCUGUUGGGUGGAGGCGGUGAGACUGCUCAGUUUGAGAGCGCAUUCCCGGACAUCAACACUUCUAACGAGCAAGUCGCACCAGGAGGUACCAUUACUGGCCCUUCCGUCAACUACAACUCAGGCUAUGGUGCUUUUGUUGCUGAAGAGGAGGAACCUGAAGUUAUCAAGCAAUGGCGCGAGAAGCGAGACGCCGCCAACGCUAAACGAGCCGAGCAGCUGGCCGCCCAGAAGGCCGAGACCAUCAAGGAUGCGCAGCAGAACAUCGACGACUUCUAUGAGAACUACAACACCAAGAAGGAGAAGACAAUCGCACAGACUCGCAAGGACGCAGAGCAAUUCUUAGCAAGCCGAGACGACACUACUUCCGGUGGCACCAGCUGGGAGCGCAUUUCCAAAUUGGUUGACGUGAGUGGCAAGGGCCAGAAGGGCGGUGCUAGUGGUUCAGGAAAGGAACGAUUCCGCGAGUUGUUGAUGAGCUUGCGCAAAGACGAGAAGGCUCCCGGAGCUGAAGGAUAUUAAGCCUAUUUUCACCGACUGCCCACUUCCUACGUAGUGCUCUUGGUCACCUAGGGGCAUGAUUAACGGAGUCUGCCGGUUGAUUGGCUCCUAUCGACGGCAGCCCAUGGCAGACCAUUGCCAAUAUUGGUUGUACUUAGAUAACACUUUCACACUCAGGUAAAUAAGCAGGCAUUGUAGGGCCUUUUCUGUGCCUAGGGGCGUAAUUGGACUG